AUGGUGGAGUCAUGGAUUGACUUGACGGAAACACUCUUCGAGGAUCUUUACACCUUGGAGAGAGAUAAGGUGCAUCUCGCCACGCAUUGUUUGGAGAGGGCGGCGAAGGUAUGGUGGAAGAGGGUGAAGCGAGAUCGAUCUUCCAACCUUCCGUCUGUGGUUUGGGAGGAGUUUCGGGGUUUGAUGUUCACAAAUUACUUCCCCGAUAGUGAAAAGAAGAAGCUUCAGGAUCAAUUUCUGAAGCUAAGGCAAGGAAAUCGCUCGAUGGGAGAAUAUGAGCAGGAGUUUUCUUAUAUCAUCGACUGCGUCCCUGAUGUGGUUCGGGACAACAAGGAUAGGGCCGAUUGGUUCGAGUGUGGACUUUGGCCGAAAAUUUACAAGGCAGUGCAUAUUGUUAAGCUCACGACCUUUGCAGAGGUCUUGGAUUGGGCGUUGUGGGCGGUGCACGGCAAUGCCUAUGCGCGUGCGGAACGCGAGUCCCUGGAAAAGGAAUAG